AUGGAGGAUAUCCAAAUGACUGAUUCGGAUAUUAAACUGCCAUUAUCUCUGGGGAAUAUUACAGAAUCACUUGAAAGUAUUAAUGAAGUAGAUGGAUGGAUUAAGCAUUUAAUGCAAUGUAAACAACUUUCUGAAGCAGAUGUCAAAAGGCUUUGUGACAAAGCUCGAGAGAUUUUACAAGAAGAAUCAAAUGUUCAACCGGUCAAUUGUCCUGUUACAGUUUGUGGUGAUAUUCAUGGCCAGUUUCACGAUUUAAUUGAGCUUUUUCGUAUUGGAGGAAAUUGUCCGGAUACGAAUUUUUUAUUUAUGGGUGAUUAUGUUGAUCGAGGGUAUUAUAGUGUUGAAACAGUAACAUUGCUGGUAGCACUUAAAGUGCGUUAUCGCGAACGAAUUACGAUUUUGAGAGGGAAUCAUGAAUCAAGACAGAUUACGCAAGUUUAUGGGUUUUAUGAUGAAUGUUUACGGAAAUAUGGUAAUGCAAAUGUAUGGAAAAAUUUUACAGAUCUUUUUGAUUAUCUUCCUUUAACUGCAUUAAUUAAUGAUCAAAUUUUCUGCUUACAUGGAGGUCUUUCACCCGGGAUUGAUACAUUAGAUCAUAUUCGUGCAUUAGAUCGCAUUCAAGAAGUCCCACAUGAGGGACCUAUGUGUGAUCUUCUUUGGUCUGACCCAGACGAUCGUUGUGGCUGGGGAAUUUCACCUCGAGGUGCAGGAUAUACCUUUGGACAAGAUAUCUCACAGGCAUUUAAUCAUAACAAUGGGCUGAGUCUUGUGGCUAGGGCCCACCAAUUAGUUAUGGAAGGUUAUAGUUGGUCACAAGAAAGAAAUGUAGUUACGAUUUUUUCUGCUCCGAAUUACUGUUAUAGAUGUGGAAACCAAGCUGCUAUUAUGGAAAUUGAUGAACAAAUGAAAUAUACAUUUCUGCAAUUUGAUCCGGCACCAAGAGCAGGGGAACCUCAAGUAAGUCGUCGAACACCAGGUAUAACUUAA